GAUUAAUCACCGAAACCUUGCCAACAAGCUUUUUCACUUCGUAGAUCAAUUACAUAACCGUGUUAUACAAUGUAUACAGUACAUCUCCAGUAAACCGUAAACGGUGAUAUGGACGAGGAAGUUCGUCAACACGCCAGAGAAAAGCUAAUUUCGCUAGUGCAUUAUCAGGGAGGUGUAUUCUCCUUUUGGCCCCGCUGCCACUGUGCUGGCUGCUCAUCUUCUUCUUCCUCCUCCUCCUCCUCGUUGUGUUUCUGCAGGGAAAUACAAGGCAAGGUCCAGUGAGAGUCUCGACUGGCUGCAUAAAGACGCGCCUACUCCUGGUCGCGCACUUCUUAAGAAAGUAUACGUGUCCGAGUCUCGUCUGAGCAUCCAGAGAGGGUUUCAUGUGAAGGAUUAAAAUCUCAGUUUGAACAAAUAAUCGUCCAGAGAUGGUUCUUCAGAGGAUUUUUCGGGCUGUCAUUAUGGGACCUCCGGGGUCGGGGAAAGGAACAGUGUCUGCGCGCAUAACUAAAACUUUUGGACUGAAACACAUUUCUAGUGGGGACAUUUUGAGAGCCAACAUCAACGCCAAAACCGAACUCGGUCUGUUGAUGAAGUCCUGUAUUGAUCAGGGUCAGCUGGUACCUGAUGACGUCAUGUGUCGUCUCAUCCUGAGUGACCUGAGAGCAAUGGGCCAGAACAGCUGGCUGCUUGAUGGUUUCCCUCGUACAGCAUUCCAGGCUGAGGCUCUGGAUGACGCCUACAGUGUGGAUACAGUCAUCAACCUCAAUGUACCUUUCCACACGAUCAAACAGAGACUCACCUCACGCUGGACUCACCUUUCCAGCGGCAGAGUCUACAACAUAGAUUUCAACCCUCCUAAAGUUCUCGGUUUGGAUGAUGUGACAGGGGAGCCUCUUGUCCAGAGGGACGAUGACACACCAGAGACAGUCACACGGAGACUGAAGGCCUAUGAAACCCAGACAGAGCCUGUCUUAGAGUAUUACAGGAGUAAAGGUGUACUACAGAUCUUCUCUGGGACUGAAACCAACAAGAUUUGGCCGCACGUCGAGGCUUUCCUUCACAGAAAACUUUCCUCCGUUAAACAGCAAGUUGCAUAGAAAGCCUGAACAGAGCAAGAAGGGUUAAAGUUUACCGGCAUAAACCACUCCGUAAGACUGCAGAUAUUGUUGGAAAAACUCCACAGUGUCUCUCAAGUUAGGUUGGGAAACUCUCAGGAUGUGUGCAUAAAAUCCUUAACAUUAAUCCUUAGCAUUUCCACAGAUUGUCUCUUUAUUUAAUAAUGUGCCUUUAUGAAGCCAGUAGACGUUACUGAAUCUAAUCUUAAGGUAACGUUUACAAGAAAUUGUAAAUUUCAAAAAAAUUACAAAAGUUACAAAAACGACACUGAAAACAAAUGAGAGAUUUUUCUGUUUUCUCCGUUAGAAAUCCUUUAUAACAAUUACUAAAGGGAAUUGUGCCAUGUUCUACAAAUGACUGUAUAUUAACUUUUGCACUCAAGUGCCUUUUGCUGCUUUUGGAAUGUAACAGGUAGCUCAGUGAAUUUAGUUUGUAAAUAUGUUUUAUGAAUAUGGACCACAGAUUGAAUGAUUUAUGAACCACACUUGAAUAUUGAAUAUUUUUAAUUAAACAUUGUGUAGCAGCUUCUUUUAACCACCUUAAGUCUUAAUUGUGUUGCCUCUGAAAUCCACAUUGUUUUAUAGGCAAUCCAUGUUAAGAUUGUAAAAGAAAAAGUUCUCUCAGGUCCAAUUCAGUGGCUGGUUCAGAUGAGUUUUAUUCACUGCACAGUGGAGACAGAAGCUCACAAGAAGCUGUAAGAUUCUCUCUGACCAGAAUGAGUUUUCUGGUCAGGGUUUUAUACAAAAGUUACAGAAAGCAACAGAAUAACAAAAGCUGAGAAGGCAUUGACUCACAAAACUAUCUGAGUAGAUUUGCAUAGACCCAACACUGUCUGCUCAAACUACU